AUGUCUUCACCAACAAUACCAAAUGGAACUGGACUUCCAACAUCGUCAUCAGCGACAAAUAUUGAAGAAUAUAAACGAUAUGAUAUGUAUUUACAUAACCAACAGAGUUGUAAAGCUAUUUUUGAACAAGGAACACAUGAACAAUGUCAUUCAUUAACGUGGUUUAAACCAAAUGAAAAACUAUUUGCUGCGUGUACAACUCAACAUAAUACAAGAACAAUCAAAAUUUAUGAUCCAAGAGCACCAUCGGGAAGUGUUUUAUCAUUUUCGACCAAAGGACCAUUUAAUUUAUGUUGCGAUACAAGUGAACGAUAUUUGGCAUCGAGUAGCGAUAAAACUGUUUAUGUUUAUGAUACUCGUUCGGCUGAUAAAGCGUUGAUUGUUCGUGAAGAACAUGAACCAAUUGUGAAAUUAUCUUGGAAUAGAAUUGGAUCACCACAACUUGGUUAUUGUAUAAAAGAUUCUCCAAAAUUUCAUCUAUUAUCAAUGGCUACAAAUAUUGUUCAAGACAACGAUGUUUUCGUCCAUCGACUUCUUCAAUGUCCAAUUCAACGUUAUCGAAUUGGUUUAGCUUCGUUCGAUUGGAAUUAUUUCGAUGAACAUCGUCUUGUUCUUCUUGGUGGAAAAGAAUAUUUCGAUUAUGUCAUUCCAUCUCGAUCGACAAUUAAUUAUUCAUCACGAAAUGGACUUUUAUGGACAAAUGGUCAUGAAAUGUAUCCAUCAAUUAUUUCUCAAGAUCAAAAUCAAUUAACAUCGAAAGUUUUAUUCACAUACGAUCUCUCGAAUGUGCAAAAUGAAAGACGAAGUGUAACACCAACACAAUCAGCGUGGAAUACCGAAAUAAUUCAAAUGGAUUUACGAACGAUGUCAAAAGAAACUCAAUCGACUAUCGAACAAAUCCAAAGAUGGAUUAAAAACACGAGUACUGCGAGAGAUCCUUAUCCAUUCGUUGGAGUAAUUGAAGCAUUAAAGGAAGUUCAACCUUCAUCGAAAAGUAUAGUGAAACAACAAUCUUGGUCUUCGAUGACAAAUUCCACACAUACCAAAACGAUUUUUGAUUCACCAGAGAGACAAAUUGUUGGUCAAUUAUGUGGUUGGUCAAAUAUUGAUUCGAAAUCCGGUGGAUAUGAUCGUAUGGCAUCAUUAUUGGAACAAGACGAAUAUGAAAAAGCCGCUGCUAUUUAUAUUUUUCAAAUGAAUGUCACUCGUGCAAUGGAAGUUCUCAAUGAAGGACUUCAAAGAGGUGGAAAAGAAGAAUUAGCUACAUUAAGUCUUGCUUUAUUUGGUUCGAUUCGUGCGACAUCAACAAAUCAUAAUGAUGAAAGUUUGAUUCACGAUUUUUCAUCAGUGACAAAAUCAUUCCAUCGUCCAUAUGUUCGAGCAAUGUUUGCAUUUAUUUUAACACCAGAUGGAAAUGAUCUUUCUUAUGAAUGUGUUCUGGAUGAACAAUUGGAUCUUAAUGAUAAAGUGGCGUUUGCAGCGAAAUAUUUGAAUGAUCAUCUUCUAGAGAAAAAAUUAGAAAAAUUAGCGGAUGAAAGUCGAGAAAAAGGAGAUUUACAAGGAAUUCUAUUGACAGGUUUGAAACAAAGUGGAUGUGAAUUAAUUCAAAAUUAUCUUGAUCAAACCAGUGAUAUUCGUACAGCAGCAUUACUUGCUAUUUAUGUACCUGAAGAUGUUCAUCAAGAAUGUCGAUAUGUUCAAGAAUGGAUUGAAGGAUUUCGAGUUCUUCUUGAUGAACUACAAAUGUGGAAUGAACGUGCGGAAUUUGAUAUUUAUCGAAGUCAUAUUUCCGGCACAGCACCACAUCGUCGACAUCUAUUCGAUCGUUCAAUCAAUGUCAAUCAUCAUUUUUCAUGUAUUUUCUGUCAAACACCUCUUGAAACUCAUCCCGGUAUGUCAAAUCAAACACCUACGCCAGGUGGCUUAUCAUCGAACGUCAAUUCAACGCCAAUUACAACUACACCUGUACGACCUCAAACACGCGGAUCUCAACAGACAAUGUCCAAUCGAAUAUCGAAUUCAUCUUCAUCUUCAUAUCCACAAUCACAAAAUUCAGAUUUGUUAAUGGUUUGUAGUAAAUGUCGACAAGUUUUACCACGUUGUUCAAUCUGUAUGAUGAGCUUAACGACAUAUAUCGAAGAUGCGUCUUAUGCUUAUGAGCCCUUACCAGAUAAACAUACUUUAAUGUCAAGUCAAUGGUUUACAUGGUGUCGUUUAUGUCGUCACGGUGGACAUGCUGAACAUGUGUCGAAUUGGUUUGCAAUGAAUCAACAAUGUCCUAUCGCGAAAUGUUUCUGUCGAUGUACAUUGAUUGAUGGCAUCUUUUGUUGA